AUGUUGGCUGUCGCAGUUGUUGUAUUGGUCGCCGUGUUGUGGUGGCUGUGCAGCAGCUGGCGGGACGCUGUGUGUAGCCGGGCGGUGGGGCUGCUGCCUGGUGUCCGUGCUCCGCUACUGCUUAUCGCUCACCCAGAUGAUGAGUGCAUGUUUUUUGCCCCCACUAUCUUCGGUGUGUUGCAGGGACAGCGCCCCCUGUCUGUGCUCUGCUGCUCCACAGGAAAUUACUACAAUCAAGGGGAGACUCGUAAGAAAGAGCUGAUCCAGAGUUGUGCUGCUUUAGGAAUUGCUCCAUCCAAUGUAACGCUUAUUGACCACAGUGAACUUCCUGAUAGUCCAUCAGUAAAGUGGGAUGAACGUCUCCUCUCUUCACUAAUAUUAAACCAUAUUCGAGAAAAGAACAUUGACCUGGUGAUCACGUUUGAUGAGGGAGGCGUGAGCGGCCAUUCCAACCAUAUCUCUUUGUACCAUGCAAUAAGAUCCCUCCACGACUCUGGAAAGUUACCUAAAGGAUGCUCUGUUUUGGUGUUGGAAUCUGUGAGUAUAUUCAGGAAAUAUAUCUCCAUACUGGAUCUACUUCUGAGCUGGCUCUACGGCCAAGAUGUUCUCUUUAUAUCAUCGGGAAGGCAGUACAAACAGGCAAAGGAGGCAAUGUGGCAUCAUCAGAGUCAACUCCUCUGGUUUCGUCAUAUCUACCUGUUCUUCUCACGCUACAUGAUGAUCAACACAUUACAUUUUUUACAUGACGAGAAAGCAGAAAAGAAAAGCUGAGCGUUCUCGGUUAUCUCCACUAAGUACUGGACAUUGCACUAUACAUCCCUGGUCUGGCAUCCAGGAUAUUUCAUGACCUGUCGUUUUAUUACUGGACUAGAGGUUCAUUGCUGGCAUUGACAACACAAUGUUUUUUUAUUUUAACUCUAAUUUUGAAAUAAACUGCGAAACUGAAAUGGUUCCCCUCAUUCAUAACAAUAAA